AUGAGAAGAGGAUCUGAUGGAAAGGUAUGUGAAAAUGAGACUAAAGACCUUACUCUGCAAGGAUAUGAAGCAAAAUCUCUCAAGUUUGACUGCGAUAUAACGGGGACACACAUUAAUUCUUCGGAAAAGCUAAUAGUCUACACUGCAAGUGUUCCAGUGCAAAAAUCAGGAAAAGCAGAAUAUCUGGUGGAACAACUGUUACCAAUCACAUUAUGGGGAACGUAUUACGUGAUUGUCCCUGCAGGUGAUCGUCCUUACGGUAAUAUAAUUUCGAUUGUGACUGCCUUUGAAAACACAACAAUCCAUAUCUCAGGGUAUGAUUUCGUCACCAUUCCAAACAAGUAUGAUCGAAUUCAACGACGAGUCGACCCUUAUACGCCAUUAACGAUUCGAGCUUCAAAAAAUGUGUCUGUGAUGCAAACAUACUGGUACAACACUGGAAAUAGUGCAUCAGUUUAUAUAAUUCCUCUUGCUUUUAAAACUGAUAUACAAAGAAAUAUCGACGACAUCGAUUACUUGAGAUUUACUUAUACUAACAUCAGCUACAGUGGAAGCGAGUAUGUUCCUCUAUCUAAUUAUUUUUUGUACAGAAAUCAGUCUGAACUACCAACAUCUGCACAAGGUUGUACCAUGUCUGCUGCCUUAAAUGACACUGGAGCUUUCGUUCCAGAGAACUUUGGAACCACAUUCGUUCUUCCAAAUCCAUUCUCUAGCACGAAUAUUUUCUGCGAAUUUUUUGGAAAUGACUUUUUAGAGGAUUUAUCAGAUAAACAAAUCAACGUUAAACAACAGUCAGGAAAAGGGUGCGAAGAUCUACUCAAUAGUACUAAUGAGGCUUAUAUAUCUUUUAAUUCCACCUCACCAGUGAUCAUAACUGCAAACAGGGAACUAUCUUUAUUAUGUCGAUACAGAGGAGAUGACAGAAGACUUUAUACAAAUACUUUUAUUGUUCCUCCUGUUGACAUUCUGAGUACGGAAUAUAUGGUUACUUUACCACCUGAAGAUGUCGGUAGCGGAUGUAUUUUAUUAAGUUUGUUUGACAACACCUCAUUUGCUAUACCACAACUGAAUAUGUUUGAAACAGUGCAAGGACUGCAACAAAAAAAUAUUUCUUCUAUCAAAUCGGGAAUGUUUAUCGUAGCUAACAAAGUCAUUUCAGUUCUAUGCUACAGUUACAAUGAAUAUAUAAUGAGUCAUCCCCUUCCCUCUUCCGGAACUUAUUUCAAAUUAAUUAAGUCCGAAAAUUUCACGGAGGAGGAGCUGAUUAUAGCGUCAACAGAUGGAAACACAGUGUUGACCUUUGAAAUGGCCAGAGAGAUGGGCACUAACUAUACACAGGUUUAUAACAACGCCUCGAUGAAAAAUAUGGGGGACAUUGGAAUUCAUACAUGGGCAGAAAAUAUUUCCUUUUUCUCGAUCACUGCCAACAAACCUGUAAUUGUAGCAGCCUACUUCAAACAGAAUGAUAACACAUCGAAUUCUAAACCGUAUAGUCCAAACAGAACUAACUUUGUGUAUGUUCCGCCCACAUUGAAUGAAACUUUGCAGGGCAUCUACUUGUCUCGAUCCGGAUGGCCAUAUCAUUUUAGGAUGUCCACAAGAAAAUAUCUUCCUACGUCGAACCAGCUGUUCCCCGGAGAUAAAAUAGAUAAUGACCAGGACGGCUUAACUGAUGAAGAAAGUUGUCUGGAUUUUGAGGAGGCUGGUGUAUUGUCUGACCUUGACCUAGAUGGCUCGUAUAGAGAGGACUGUAAAGGAUGUUCUGAGGGUGAAGGUAUGAACUUGUUCUUUUCUUGUGAAGCAUGUGAUUUUGGGUUAUACCGUGAAAGCAGGUCAUGGAACCUCACAUGUCAGUCUUGUGGAGAGAAUUACACGACAUAUCAUCAACAAAGCAGUUCACAAAAUGACUGUAUCCCUGUUUGCACUGAAGGAACGCAGCUGAAGAACUAUACGUUGCACAAUGAAACAAAGGAAUGUGAACCGUGUCCAGUUGGGUCCUAUAAAAACACGUCACCAAAUGACACAAGUUUGAAUGUCACUGAUAGAUUCUUCUGCAUUCCAUGUCCAGUGAAUAAAACAACAUAUACUGAACGCACUGUCAAUUUUACAGAAUGCAUCGAUAUAUGUGAGGCAGGCUUUGAGCUGCAGCACGGUAAUUCUUGCGCUCAGUGUGAAAUAGGCUUCUACAAAAACAUAUCAAGUGUCAACACCACAGCUUCUAUCGAGGAACGUUGGAACUGCACAGCUUGUCGGGGAUAUUUGACCACCUUAAGCAGGGGAACUGUAAAUGAGGAAGACUGUAUCGAACAUUGUUCAGAAGGCAGGUUCUGGAAUGGAAGUGUAUGCUUGCCUUGUCCAGUUGGUGAAUACAAGAACACUUCAAGUGAAAACCUCACACUUUCUUCAGAACUGAGGUGGAAUUGCACCCCGUGCGAGGGAGGGAAAACCACAUACAGUUCCGGCACUGUUAAUAACACAUGUAUAGAGCAUUGCGAAGAAGGACGCUACUUGGCUGACAAUGGAACAUGUGUACGUUGCGAGAUCGGAUCUUUUAAAAACACAUCAAGUGAAAAUGUUACAUUAAGUGAAAACUUAAGAUGGAAUUGUACUAAGUGCCCAGAUGGUAAAACUACAAGCGCACGUGGCUCUUUUGAAUGUGUGGAAACCUGUAAAGAGGGUGAAGAAUACAACAAGACAACUAAAUCAUGUGAUAAAUGCAAAAUAGGCACUUACAAAAACGUCAGCGGAAACCACAUUCAGUGCUUUGAAUGUCCAGCAAACUAUACAACUAGACAACCAGGGAAAACCCGUCGUAAUGACUGCAAAAAAGCCGAUUGCAGGUGUCCAUGUAACAUGGUCCAUCCAGUGAAAAACUAUACAAGUACAGAAUUGGAACAGAUUAUACAAAAGAUGAAGAAAGAGUUGGAAGUCAACAAGGAAAAAUUAUCCUCUAACAUCAGGAAGAGGAUCAGUGUGAUGGACGACCGACCGUCUGCUCGAUCUAUCGGGGCGUUUGGUGCCGUCAUUAUCAUAGCCAUUUUUAUUGCCCUGCUUGCACUGGACAUUGUGAUACUCUUGAACCAUUUUUCAGCGAUGGUUGGCAAGAUCAAAAACUUCUUUGCUAGAAAGUGAUUUUUUAUUAAAACAUUUUCAAGUUAUAGUGAGAAAAUGAUGUAAAAUCGUGUGUUUUGUGGUUUAAUUUAACUGAAAUUGUCAUUACAGUAUCAGAGCUCAGUGUACUGGAAGCACUCGAUUAGAUUCAUUUCUAAUGUUUAAAACUACUACAACUGGCAUUUUGCUCUCUCUCUUUCU